CCGCCACUCCUCCCUCCCUCCCUCCACUUUCCCUCCCCCUCCCUGUCCUCCUCUUCCUAGUGAGUCCGGACGCGGGGAACGGGGCCUCCCGGGCCGCCCCGCGCAGGCUCCUCCCCCCCACCCCUCGCUCCCGUUGCUGCUGCUGCCGCCGCCGCUGUUGCCGCCACGCCUUGUGGUUGGGGGACGUCCAGGUGACCAGACCAGGGGGCGGGGGCGGGGCGCCCGUGUCAGCUGGGGGGCGGGGGUUUGGGACGAGCCCCGCCCCUCUCCCCGCCUCCUAUCGCGGGGUGAAGCUCAUCCCCGGCCCGGGUUGCUUUUGUCCUCUGCAGAAGGCGGCCGGGUGGGAACCCCGCAAUCCCCAGGUGGGCUCGGUGUUUGGAAGUCAUGUCCGGUCCGGCCCCCCGAGAACCCCACACGUCCACCCCUCAGGCGGCGGCGGCGGCGGCGGCCGCUGCUGCUGCUGCUGCUGCUGCUGCUGCUGCUGCUUCGGCCUCGGCUUCUGCAGUCGGCGGCGCUGCUGCUUCCGACCCCGCCCCCGCGGCCGAGGGCCCUUCCAAUGACACUUCGUUCGGGGAGCAGGGCCUGAGCUUCACCACCACAGACCUCAACCUGGUAGAGAUGACGGAGAUCGAGUACACCCAACUGCAGCACAUCCUCUACUCGCACAUGGAGGCCCAGGCCAACGAAGGGGAACUGGAAACCCGGCUAAAUUCGGCCUUCUUCUCCGCGAGCAACCCCUCGAGCCAGGCUCAGUACCAAUCCUCCAGCAGCACCAGCCAGCCCAGCUACUCCUCCAACAGCACGGGGAGCCAGUCAGUGUAUCCAGUCAUUUGCCAGUCAGGUCUGACUUCUGAUGGCAGCUUUGUGGGCUCAAACCAGUGUCUGGGACACAUUGAUUUCCAGGAGCUGAGAAUGAUGCUGCUCAGCGAAUCCAAUUUACCUGUGACAGUUGCCAACCAGGUAGAGAAAACACCCAACAGUAGCUCUGUAGAGGUCACUGGCCACAGUGUGGUAAGAGUUAAGCAUGGAGAAAAUGUUGGUGGACCAAAUAAAGAAAAUAUAGCUGUUGAAAAUCUGGCUCCUGUGCCAGAAACUAGAUCUAAAUCUGCAGUCCGAGUUCGGCUGGAAGACAGAUUCAACAGUAUCCAGACAGAAAUUCCCAGGUGCCAAGAGCCUCAGGAAUCUGGAGUUACUCUUAACAAUUUGGUAACCCUUAUUCGACAUCCAUCUGAACUAAUGAAUGUUCCUCUUCAUCAGCAGCAGAACAAAUGUACCACAUUAGUGAAAAAUAAAACUGCUGCUGCUACUACUGCUUUGCAAUUUACAUACCCAUUAUUUACUGCAAAUGCCUGUUCUACUGCUGGGAAUUCUAAUCUUUCACAAACACAGAGUUCUAGUAACUCAUGUUCUAUACUUGAAGCUGCCAAACAUCAAGAUAUUGGGUUACCCAGAGCAUUUUCUUUCUGUUACCAGCAAGAAAUUGAAUCUACUAAACAGACUUUAGGCAGUAGAAACAAGCCUUUACCUGAGCAGGUUUGGAUUAAAGUAGGAGAAGAAGCGUUAUGUAAACAAGCAAUAAAUAAACGAAAUCGCAGUCGAAUGCGUCAGUUGGACACAAAUGUAGAAAGAAGAGCUCUUGGUGAAAUUCAAAAUGUAGGAGAAAGCCAGAGCACCACAACUUCACAGGGUGCUUGGCAAUCUACAGAAUCCACACAAUCAAGCCUAGGUGACCAGACACAAAGUGGGCAACAGGGUGGACGCUCUCAGCGCAGGGAGAGACAUAAUCGGAUGGAAAGAGACAGAAGCUCUAUGAGAAUGAACCUGUUAAGAGCACUCUGGAUUAAAGUUUGAAAAGGGGACAGGAAGACUCACAGACCAUUUUCUAGGAUACUACCUCUUCACUCAUACAACUGAUUGAACAGUAUGAAGAAUACAAGAUGUACAAGAAUACUUAUUACAAAAAUAAUUUGACUUGAUAGAACAGAACAUAGAUUUAAAAAUUCUAUACAAACAAUGGAUAUAUUAAGAUCACAUGAGAUUGUCAUAGAUGUAACCACUGAAGUAAUUUUGUUCAAUGAAAUGAUCAAGUGAGACAUAAAAUGGGAAAAUGCACUUGCCAACGUUUUCACUACUAUCAUUGAGGAUCUACUUAACAAAUUCCAAAAAGAAGAUCAAAUUCCUGUGGAUGACAUUAAACUGAUUAAACUAAGCUCCAGAAUAUUACAGGCUUUCCAUAAUGAAAUUCACAGCUACAAAAAAGAUUGGCUAAGAAAUCUACACAGGAUAAAUCAAGUGGAUAAAGAAUACAUGUUAUCUAGAUCAUGAUGUAUAGGUGGAUAGUCGGCACAUUAAUUUAAUCCCUACUUAUAUCUUGGAAAUAUUAUAGAGGCUAUUUUCCUAGUCCAGAAUUGAAGGAGGAGCAGGUGCUUAACUGCAUUGGGAAAUUAUGCAAUGCUUUCCAUGAUCACAAGUUGUGUUCCUGAUACACAAACCCAUUUAAAAAAUAACAGUAUUCUCCAGAUGAUGCUAUGUAACUGUGAAUGAUGGAACACUUCAAUCUCUGAAGAAUAAUAUUUGUGGAUGAUCCAAAGGGCAUUGGAGAGAUUCAUAGUGGGUCUGUAAGUAGACUGUACACAUUACGAAUGAUGACUUGCCUGCGAGAAGUACAGUAAAACAUCAUGUAAAAAUAUAUGCUUGCAAGAGGAGGAGGGAUUGUCAUAUAGCAAGAAUGAAUUAUACAGCUGGUUGGCUAUGUACAACAUUGGUAUGCAUAAGAAGUUAAGAACUAGAAGAUGUCUGGUGUUUUGGGCGAAUCUUCAUGGUGGAUUUAUGGAAAGAUACACACAAGAGUCACUCAAGAUAAGACAUUUCAAUAUGCACUGGUGGAGGGAGUACCCACAUUGAUGACAUCAUAGAGCCAUAUAUAGGGCACAAGUAUAUAUUAAUCACUUCAGGGUUUCAGUUUUAUACAAAUAAUUACAAAUGUAUCCUUUGAGAGGCAGUGUGUCAUAGUGGAUAGAGGGCUAGCCUUGGAGUCAGGAAGACCUGGGUUCAAGUCUUCCCUUUAACCUAUGCUGCUGGUGUGACAGUGGGCAAAUCACUUAACCUCUCAGUAUUCCAAUUUUAUUAUACAGUAAGCUGCAGAGAAGCUGUUGACCUGCAUCAGUGGAAGGAAUUUCCAUACUGGGAGUGUCAUGCACUGAUGAAAUCAGAGGUCCAAACUUUAAAAAUGAAAAGCAAAAACCUUUUCCUUCUUGGGUGUUCAAUUGAACCUCAGUUAUACAGUUGUGCCUCUAGCAUCUAGUGAACUAGUCACUUGCUUUAUACAUGUGGUUAGGAAUAUGCAGAUUGGCAAAUGGGGCCAUGUUGUAUACAUUUCCACAGUAUCAGCAUCCUUAAAACUCUGGAUACUGAUGAACCAAAAAUUUGGAAAUUGCAGUAUAAUCUAAAUAUAUAAUGCAAGUUCAUUAAACUUGGCUUCUACUAAGUGAUACUAUAAAUAAAUAUAUUUCUAUAGACUGCAGAUAUCCUACAUUCCUCCUCAGGUCUACAUUUAGCAUAGUUGGAUUGAUAUAUAAUACCUUACUGCCAUUAUAUAUUACCCUGCAGACCUGAAAGCAUUAAUUAACCUCUAAAAAGGAAACAAUUUUGGAAGUACUUUACUAAUCCUUAAAUUCUGACUUUGUUCAAAUUUUAUAUGGAUUAAUCUAAUCCAAUCCAAAAAACAUUUUAUUAUGGCCCUUAUGUGUUGAGUGCUGAAGUAUCCUACUAUUUAAAUAUUAAUCUUUGAAAAUUAUAGUUUACAAAUUAUUUAAAAAUCUAGAAUAUUAAAGAAACAUCAAUUUCUCUAAUAUUAGAAAAUGCAUAUAAUGCAAUUUUAUUAUGCUAAUUUAAAACUAGCACUCUUGGCAAAAAUAAUUGAAAAUUCAAUAUUGAUGAAUUACAGGGAAACAAGCACUUUGCUACAUGUUAGUAGGAUUGUAGAUUGGAGUAGACUUUUUGGAAGAAACAAUUUGGCAAAUCACAAGUGACCUUGAGACAGCUGGUUCUCAGCAUCCAUAUUCCUAGGACAUAUCCUAAAGAUACUAUUAAGAGAAAAAAUAAUUUGUACAAAAAAUUGUAAUUAUUUAUUUGUAAUCACAUAUAUUCAACAAAUGGAGAAUAUCUUAGUAAAUCAUGCUACGCUAAUGCAGCUGAGCAAUAUUGUGCCAUAAACCUAAGUUUGAAGAAUAAAAAGAAAAUGGAAAGAUUUAUGUGAAGUGAUACAAAGCAAGGUCGACACAAUAAGAACAACAAUAUACACAUUGAUAUCAACCAAAAAAAAAACAAAAAACAAAAAACAAAGACAACAACUUUAAGUACACAAAUAGAUUGAGAAGGAGCUAUAGAAAAAAUUGUUAUUUUAUAAAAUUAUGUUUUUUUCAGUGAAAAUGUAUAUAGUUUUGACUUUAAGGCUUCAAAAUGAUUUGUUUGUAUUUGUUGAGUGUUAAGCUUAUAAUAAAAUUUUUUAAAAAAAAGAAACAUCAUUUUAGAUGGCUAGUUUUAUUUAGUUUCUUUCAUGACUACUUUGGGUUUUGA